CAAAUACGAAAAAAGUAAACUCGGAAGCAAUCUUUGUUAUGAAUAAAAACAUCAUGUAGACAGUUAAUAGAUAUUUGUGAACAUGGAGGACACAGAAAAUAAAGAACCUGGAAGUUUUCCAGAUAAGCCUACAUCGAUUGAGGACUUUGUUUUUCUGAAGCCAAUCAGCAGAGGGGCUUUUGGGAAAGUAUUUCUGGGACACAAGAAAAACCAAGAAAACAAGAAAUAUGCAAUCAAGGUGAUGAAGAAAUCCGACAUGGUUAACAAGAAUCUAGUGAGCCAAGUGUUAACAGAGCGAGAUGCCCUAGCUUUCUCCAACAGUCCAUUCAUUGUACACCUUUACUAUUCCCUGCAAUCUCAGAAUAACAUUUUCCUGAUAAUGGAGUACUUAAUUGGUGGGGAUGUUAAGAGUCUGUUGGCUGUCUAUGGUUAUUUUGAUGAGGAAAUGUCUCAGAUAUAUGCAGCAGAAGUUACCCUGGCUCUGCAAUAUCUACAUUCUCAUGGAAUCAUACACAGGGACCUAAAGCCUGACAACAUGUUAAUUACUGGUAAGGGGCACCUGAAACUGACGGAUUUUGGACUCUCUAAGAUUAACUUGGAUGAUGGAAGUGUCCCCCCAGAAACACACGGGACCCCCCUCCCCUAUAGUAAAAUGGCUGGUAACCUGAGGACACCCGGUCAAAUAUUGUCACUCAAAAGUAAUUUAGGAUUU